UUCCUUAAACCUACGCAGACCCUUAAACCCUACGCAGCGGGUUUCUUCUUCCUUCUUUGUUCUUCAUUCCUUCAAUGGCUUUGAAAACCUACGCAUCCGCCAUAGCCGCAGCUGCUGCCAGUGCCGCAUUACUGAAUCAGAGCACUGCUUACGCAGAUGGAAUUUCACCACCGAAUCCUUCUGAAAAUCAACCUUCUCCGGCGCCGCCAAAGGUGCGAAACGAUCAUCCGAGGACCACUUCUGCUGGGUUUGAUCCCGAGGCCCUGGAGAGAGGGGUUAAGGCUCUCAAGGAAAUUUCCGCUUCACCCCACGGAAAAAAGGUCUUUGAAACUAUCAAAAAGCAAGAGGAGACAAAACAAGCAGAGCUUGCUGCAAAGGUUGCUGAAUUUAGGCAAAUGAAAGCACAGCAUGAGACAGAAAGACAAAAAAUUAUAUAUGAUGAGCAAAAAAAGCUUGCUCAGCAUCAGGCACAAACAAAAUCUCAAAUGGCCAAAUAUGAGGAUGAGUUGGCAAGGAAGAGGAUGCAGGCUGAAAAUGAAUAUCAGCGAUCCAGGAACCAAGAACUAGUAAAAAUGCAAGAAGAAUCAUCAAUCAGACAGGAGCAAGCUCGACGUGCAACAGAAGAACAAAUCCAAGCACAAAGAAGGCAAACUGAAAGAGAGAAAGCUGAGAUUGAACGUGAAACAAUCAGAGUAAGGGCUAUGGCAGAAGCAGAAGGCAGAGCACAUGAAGCAAAGCUAGCAGAAGAUGUUAACAGGCGAAUGCUGGUUGAUCGUGCUAAUGCUGAACGAGAAAAAUGGGUUGCUGCCAUAAAUACCACUUUUGAGCAUAUUGGAGGGGGUAUAAGAGCCAUUCUAACGGAUCAAAAUAAGUUGGUUGUCGCAGUUGGUGGAGUGACUGCUCUGGCAGCAGGGGUCUACACUACAAGGGAAGGUGCACGAGUAAUUUGGGGAUAUAUUGAUAGAAUAUUGGGACAACCAUCGUUGAUUCGAGAGUCCUCCAGAGGGAAAUAUCCCUGGUCUGGCAUGUUUUCUCGUGCCAUGAGCUCCCUAUCUCGACAUAAUGAUCCAGCAUCUGCCUCUAAAAAUGGAAAUGGUUUUGGUGACGUGAUUUUGCAUUCUUCUCUUCAGAAACGAAUUGAACAGCUGUCAUCUGCAACUGCAAAUACAAAAGCUCAUCAAGCACCAUUCAGAAACAUGCUUUUUUAUGGUCCUCCUGGAACUGGAAAGACAAUGGCUGCUAGAGAGUUAGCUCGUAAAUCUGGAUUAGAUUAUGCAUUAAUGACUGGAGGAGACGUUGCUCCUCUGGGGUCACAGGCUGUAACGAAGAUACACCAGUUGUUUGAUUGGGCUAAAAAAUCAAAAAGGGGUUUAUUGCUUUUCAUUGAUGAAGCCGAUGCAUUUCUGUGCGAGCGGAACAAGACUUAUAUGAGUGAAGCACAAAGAAGUGCUUUAAAUGCCCUUCUCUUCAGAACCGGUGACCAGUCUAAGGACAUAGUCCUUGCUCUUGCCACAAAUCGUCCUGGUGAUCUUGAUUCGGCUGUUGCGGACCGAAUCGAUGAGGUUCUAGAAUUUCCCUUGCCUGGGGAAGAGGAGCGCUUCAAACUUCUUAAGCUCUAUCUGGAUAAGUACAUAGCCCAAGCAGGAUCCAGAAAAUCUGGUUUUGUUAAAGAUUUGUUUAAAGGAAAGCCACAACAAAUAGAAAUUAGGGGAUUGACUGAUGAUAUUAUAAAGGAAGCUGCAGCUAAAACCGAGGGAUUUUCUGGAAGAGAAAUAGCCAAACUGAUGGCAAGUGUCCAGGCUGCUGUAUAUGGAAGUGAGAAUUGUGUGCUUGAUCCAAGUUUGUUCCGUGAAGUGGUAGAUUAUAAAGUUGCAGAGCAUCAGCAGAGAAGAAAAUUGGCAGGUAGUGAUAAACCUAUGCCAUGAGGAGUUUUAGAGAUUUUAUCAAAAACCCUUGUAAAAUGUAGGUCUGGUCCAUUGCAUUAUGUUAUGGGCAUGCUGCUAUUUAUUGGUUCCCCUAAUUGAUGAGAAGAUUUUGGAAUUUGAAUUUUUUAGUGUUUCAUUUACGGCUGAUAAUCACUAUUCAACAUUCAUCUCUAAAUGUAGCAGCAGCUAAUCCAGGGUUUGAUAUCACGUUGAAUAUUCUUUUUCUCCCUUCACUGGCCAAAAACUAGGUUUCUUGCUGUCACUGGAAGUUACAUGUACUUCUUGAAAAACCAUCAGUCUACUCUACUGUGGUCUAGUGGAGGCUCUAUUUUCAUUUGUAAUUUUUUUUAUAUAGUAUUAAUUACAAUAAAAAUAUAUUGUGGGAUUCAA